CGGCGGUGGGCUGCGGGCGGCGGCCUCAGCGGGCGGGCGCACUCCGGCAGAGCCAUGCUGGCGGCGCGCGUGGAGUAUAUCGCGCCCUGGUGGGUGGUGUGGCUGCACAGCGUCCCUCACGUCGGCUUGCGCCUGCAGCCGGUGGACAGCACCUUCAGGCCCCGCGAUGAGAGUUACCAGGAGUCGCUGCUGUUCCUGGGGCUGGUGGCCGCCGUCGGGCUGGGCCUCAACCUCGUCUUCCUCGCGGCUUACCUGGUGUGCGUGUGCUGCUCCCUGCAGAACAGCGCGGUGCAGACCAAGCGUCGCCACCCCUGCUGCAUCACCUGGACGGUCGUGGUGGCUGGGCUCGUCUGCUGUGCUGCGGUGGGCGUUGGUUUCUAUGGAAACAGCGAGGCCAGCGACGGGGUGUACCAGCUGAUCUACUCCCUGGACAAUGCCAACCACACCUUCUCUGGGAUCGAUGUGCUGGUGUCUGGAACCACCCAGAAGAUGAAGGUGGACCUCGAGCAGCACCUGGCCCGGCUCAGUGAGAUCUUUGCCACCCGGGGAGAUUACCUCCAGACGCUGAAGUUCAUGCAGCAGAUGGCGGGCAACAUCAUUGUCCAGUUGGCAGGAGUGCCCGUGUGGACAGAGGUCACCGAGGAGCUGACCGAACUGGCCAACCAGACCAGCUACGUGGAGUACUACCGGUGGCUCUCCUACCUCCUGCUCUUCGUCCUGGACCUGGUCCUUUGCCUCCUCGCCUGCCUGGGACUGGCCAAGAGCUCCAGGUGCCUCCUGGCCUCGGUGCUGUGCUCUGGGGUGCUGGCCCUGCUUCUCAGCUGGACGUCCCUGGCUGCUGACACUGCUGCGGCAGUGGGCACCGGCGACUUCUGCGCGGCUCCCGACGCCUUCAUCCUCAACAUCACGGAGGGCCAGCUCCGCACAGAGGUGACCCGUUACUACCUGUAUUGCAGUCAGAGUGCAAGCAGCCCCUUCCAGCAGGCACUGACCGUCUUCCAGCGCUCGCUGACCACCAUGCAGAUCCAGGUGACGGGACUGCUGCAGUUUGCUGUCCCGCAUUUCCCCACAGCAGAGAAAGAUCUGCUCAGAAUCCAGCUCCUGUUGAAUUCAUCCGAGUCCAGCCUCCACCAGCUGAUGGCCAUGUUGGAUUGCCGGGGGCUGCACAAGGACUACCUGGACGCCCUCACUGGCAUCUGCUACGACGGCCUCGAGGGCCUGCUAUACCUCGGCCUCUUCUCCCUCCUGGCUGCCCUCGCCUUCUCCACCAUGAUCUGCAUGGGGCCAGGGGCCUGGAAGCACUUUGCCACCAGGGACAGAGAUUACGACGACAUCGACGAUGACCCCUUCAACCCCCAGGCCCGGCGCAUCGCCGCCCACAACCCCCCUCGCGGGCAGCUUCGCAGCUUCUGCAGCUACAGCAGCGGCCUGGGCAGCCAGACCAGCCUGCAGCCCCCGGCCCAGACUAUCUCCAAUGCCCCCGUCUCGGAGUACAUGAACCAAGCUGUCCUCUUCGGUGGGAACCCACGCUACGAGAAUGUGCCGCUCAUUGGAAGAGGCUCCCCUCCGCCCACGUACUCUCCCAGCAUGAGGGCCACCUACCUGUCCGUGGCAGAUGAACACCUGAGGCACUAUGGGAAUGAGUUUCCAGCCUAACACACUUUCGGGAGUUCCUGCCUCCUUGAUCCAUUUUGGUUUUUAACUAAGGCAAAUGCAAGCGUGUUUCUUUCAUAGAAACCAAAGGCAUCUAGAGACUGUGCGUGGACCUGCAGGAUUGGAAGGCUCCUGCUGGCGCAAGGGAGUGGCUGAGAUUCAGGGAGAAUCGGCCUGGGGUUGGCUGAGAUUCCCAGGCAGACAGAAGACCCAUGACUUGGACAAGGCUCUCCCUCCUUUGACCUUCUCUCCACACCAGAAAUGCCGUCCAGGUGCUUGGCCGUCCCUAAGCUGAGAGCCUGGUUCAGUUUGCCCCUGCGUCCCACCUUCCCCAGGUGGUGAAUGACGGCGGGGAGGAGUCAGGCUUGACUUGAGGGUCCCCUUGCCUGGACUGUGCCUCCUCCUGGCUGCUCGGAUGGGUGCCAUCUCCCCACAGGUAAAGGUGGGAGGGCUGAUCAGGAGAUGACAUCCCUGAUGAGACCAGACACUGUCCAAAUCCAUCUCCCGGGGCCAGGUGGACUCUUCCUGUGCCACCAAGGGAAGGCACUGGCAGGCCCUGCAUAGGAGGCUGGGGGACCAGAGCCUCGUGCCUGGUGGGCUUCCAGGUGGCAGGGGUGGGCCGGCCUUUCUGCAGCCCUCUGUCGCCGCACCUCCAUUCCAGAAUCGCUGCUGUGAGUUUGCUCACUGCGGAUACGGACAGUCUCAGGUAUUCACAGACACUUUGAAAGCAAUUCCAACUCUUUUUUGCCAGUGUUUUAAAGAUUUUUGAUUAGCCAAAGAAACUCACAGCACAGCCGGUUUUUACUAUAGAUGUGGGGUUCAUCCCUCCCACCUGAUUUGUCUACCAAAAUAAAGAUCAGUGAGACAUCCUGUCCCAAGAUGCUGAUUGAUGGGGUUGUGGGUUCAUCCCACCCCGAGGGAGGCGUUUUGAGAGAACAAAGUCUCUAAGAGGCAAGUUUGAACAUGAACAGAGUCUGGUCCAGGAGACUGGCUGAAUGCCCAGGUCAACUCUCCCCACCCCCCCACCCCCCGCUUUUGUCUUCAGGAAAGUUUGUCAUAAAAGGUUUUAGCAGAAUGGGCUGACUGUGUCUUGAUGUGAAGACAGGUGUCUUCCCUACCUCUCCCACCAUCCCGUCCCCACCCCAUUGUUCCCCAGCCCCUGACCUACACCUGCUGGGUGAGAAAGAGCUCGUGGACAAGGAGAAAAUAAUGACCCACCAUCCUUCCCGCCGAGGAUCCAGGGUUAGGGUCUUUGGUGCUUCCAACCUCCUGCCGACGAAGAGUGCGUGACCCGGGAGCCUCCGCAGCCCUGCACACUGAAGCAGGGGCACAGGGUAGUGUGGCUGUGGACAGGGGCUCCAUUUCCACUUUGGAAGCACCGCCUUCUGGUCAGAACACUGACAGCAGAGUGGUUGUCAACCCCCAGCCAAGCCUCCACGCCAGCGGGGCCACGGGGCCUCCGGGACUCUGUCUCCCCCAUUCACCUGUACAUACGUGCACCGUGAAGCCACCUUCGUGAGGCCCUGUCACGUGCAGACAGGACUUGGCGACACCAAGGUGGUGUUUCUUAACGCUCGUUGGCCACUAGAGUUGUUUUUAAUGCAUGUAAACUAAACUAGAAUCCCUUGGGUGGUUCCUGAAGGGGCCAUGCGGGCACACCUCUGCUUGAUGCAUGUGUGCCCUCACCUGGGGGAGAAAUAAA